ACUGACAAGGUUUACUGGAGCUAGGCUUAAUCUUAUUUGUUUUUAUUCAAUUAAAUACUUAAUUUGAGCGGUAACAACGCUUUACAAUACCGCUCGUACCAGUUUCCAUCGAAAACUAAAUAACCUGUACGAAAAGCGGCUUCUAACCACAAACCGUACAAUGUCUCAAGAGCAAAUGUCGGAGGAGAACUCCAACUCCAACAUGAGCGAAGUGCUGACGGAGAAGGUGAAGGAGAACUCGAAGGAGGCGCGGAAGCGGCUGAAGAUCCUGGCGUUCCACGGGUACCGGCAGAACGGCGCCGUGUUCCGCGCCAAGAUCGGCUCCUUCCGCAAGGCCGUGGCCAAGUACGCGCAACUCACCUUCCUGUCCGCGCCGCACCGCGUGCUCACCGAGGACGGCGGCGGGGAGGAAGACUCGCGGUCAUGGUGGUUUAACGCGGAAGACAACACGUUCAGCGGCAAGUGCCUCGGCGGGCCGGCGCUCGGCUUCGAGGCCACGCUGCGCGUCGUGGAGCGCGCCGUGGCCGCGCACGGGCCCUUCCACGGCCUCAUGGGCUUCUCGCAGGGCGCCUGUCUAGUGGGGCUGCUAGCCGCCAUGCAGCAGAAGGGGUACUUGCCUUACACAUUCAACUUCGCGAUCUUCGCGUCGGGCUUCCGGUCGGGCAGCCUCGUGCACAAGGGCUUCUACGACGAGGAGAUCAACCUCCCCUCGCUGCACGUCUACGGCGAGGGCGACUCCAUCAUACCAAAGGAAAUGAGCGAGUCGCUAAUAAGCCUGUUCGUGAAGCCUGUGGUGGCGGAGCACUCGGGCGGGCACUACGUGGCGUGCUCGGGCUCCACCAAGGACGCUUACCAGGACUUCCUGCACGACCGCUGCCAGGACCUGCUCGAGGACCAGCAGGACGCCCCCGCUAUACAGCCGAAGGAGGAAGACAUGCGAUAGGAAUACAUAUUAUAUAGUUAUAAUUUACUUUUAAUAAAUGUGUGGAAUGAUUGAACGA